UAUUAUAUUAACCUCUGAUUCUCUUGCAGAUUUAGAAGCAGCAAUGCAGCCUCUUGCCUGGAAUUGGGAUGAUGCGGCUGAAACCACCUUCCUGGCAGCCAAACAGGCUAUUCAGCAGGCACAAGCCCUAUGGGUAGCUGAUCAGGGGCACCCAUUUAAACUUGAUGUGCAUGUGACCACAGAUAUUUUUGACUGGGGCUUAUGGCAUUGCACAGAGCUCUUUAGAAUGCCAGUAGAUUUUUCGUCCCAACUUUGAAAAGGAGCUGAGCUCCGGUAUUCCUCGACAGAGGAGUUAGUAACUGCAUAUGCUGCCCUUUAGACUCAUGACAGCCUGGCAGGAUGGGCUACAGUCGUUGUGCGCAUGACUUACCCAACAGUAGGGUAGGUAUGCUCAUAGGUAACAACCCGCACACUGGGAUGGCACAGACAUCCACUUUUGCAAAGUGGGGUGCCUAAGCCUACACGGAACAGCAAAGUAUGCUAAGUCAAGUCCCUUAGCAGCACAAUUACAAGAAGUCUUAGUACCUACUAUCCUAAUGCAAGAUAAGGCUAUGGGACCUGAGGCACCCCUAGACCCUGAGCCUUCAUCUUUUAAGGAAGGGCAUCCCUGCAUUCCCAAUAGGGCGUGGUACACAGAUAGGUCUAGCCAGGGUGCUACUGCUGCCUGGACUGCUGUUGAAGCCCAGCCUAGUACUGACACCCUACGGUUUGAUACCAGGUGUGGACAAAGUAGCUAAUAAGCUGAACUCAGGGCAAUGUAAAUGAUGAUCACCAAGAAGGUGACACCUAUGGUAAUCUGCACCAAUAGCUGGGCAGUUUAUCAAGGCUUAACCUUGUGGCUAACUACCUAGAAGUUACAGAAGUGGUUAGUCACUGACCUAUGUAGGGCCAGGCCAUGUGGCCAGACCUAUAGGAGAAAGGAUGACUUCCUCUAACCAGGUAUGGGGACAAACGGUAACCUGUUGUUGCCUGCCCCAAUGCCCCUAAAGGUAGGUAAGCAAAAAACCUGGCUUAAUAUAUAAAGCAACAUCGGGGUAACAUCACCAUGGGGUGGUUGCCUACUAUAACCUGAAAUUAUUGCUCCCUGUAUUACUACUGUGGCCUGAGUGCCUACAGCUUAUGUGUCAAGCCUCUAUGUAUACACUGGGCCUGUGUGCCUAGAGCCUAUGUGUCAGACUUACGUGUCAAGCCUGUGUGUAUGUAUCAGCCCUGGGUGCUGAAAGUGUAUAUGUCAGGCUUGCGUGCCAAACCUAUAUAUUGGGCCUGUGUACCUAAAAACUUAUGUUUCCCUCGGCCAAGGGGGUGGAGUGUAAGGUAAAAAUGGAUGUGCUUUGGUCAAGAACAGGCUGAGGCAGAUAUGCAGGCCAGUGUGACUCAGCGAGUCUCCAACGCAGGCGCACCACUCCACUUGUUAUAUAACCUGUUUGUGUAAGCUCAUACUUGGCUCACAGCCACUAUUGUGUGUAAAUGGUAUAACUGCCCUGCUGACACUGUACAUAGGACUCAUGCCCAGAGAGAGAGGGAAAAACUGCUGACCUUGGAAGAGAGAACUGGCCGUCUUGCAGACCGACAGAGGGGAGCCAGGAAUUAACAAGUGUGCCAAGGAGUAUAGCUGUAAGUGUGGGAGCGGCAGAAGCCACAGAGCCAGUUGCUGAGAAGGGCUGUGGUAAAGGAGGCACCCGAGACAGAGGCAGACAGUGUGAGAGCUGCAGCAGCUGCUGCUGACUAAAAUCAUAUUUUACCUGUCUACAGCCCCAACUGUUUUUUCAACUAUCUGCCACCUAUCCAACAACUCCCCUCGGACCUCAGUAUGGGCUGGAACCUGACACUUGGCAUGACAGUGCAGACUUGCACCUGCAUGGAAAACCAACCAACCAAACCAAACCAAAACCAUACCCUAAAGAAAAACAAAAAAUCUUCAGACCGAAGGGACGUGAGGCUGGAAACUCAGAUCUACAAGAAGGAAUGAAGAGCAUCAGAAUGACUUUGGGAUUCCAGAAGACAGAGGUUUGAGAGUAAAAAACAAAAUAACAAGACCACAACAAAAACAACUCUGUAUUCUCGUCCCCACCAUUACCAUCUCCCCUUUGUGAUGUCAAAGAGACCAGAGGAAGUGGACAGACUAGGAGAAGCAUAGGUAAGUAUUAGAGACAGAAAAAGUAUGAAGUCUCUUCUGUGAGGACUAACAAUAGUGAUGCCAUUUUACAACCUUGAUGACUGUGUUCUCAAGAAACAAAGCAAAUGUUAACCCUGCCCUCAGCUUCAACAGAGCAUUACAGCCCUAACCGCAACAGAGCCCAAUGACCCUAACCACAUCUGUCCCCAGUUGGAAAGUCUGCAAACAGUUCCAACUGGCCAGCACUUCCCCAACCCCUCCCCAAUAGGAACUUUAUUAUAAAAGCCUCAGCUUGUAAGCGAUCAGAGUAUCAGCCAGAUUCCUGACUGGAACUCUUCGCAGGCUUAUUCCUGUGAAUAAACCUGUUUGGCCGUGGAAUUGCCUCCUGUUACUCGCUCUCUUCCUUUAUAUCUUCCUAACACCUUCCAGCUCUAAUGUUUUGCGUCUCGAUGACCAUCUAGCUCCUAAAUGCUGGGGGCCGCUCCCCAUAGAAAUCCCUCGCCGCAUUUCUCCGCCUCGUAACCAGUGAGGCUGGGAUUUUUGGCCCCGGGUUUUGCAAUAAGGGAGUCACCAAGAUGCAGCCACCUCUGGAAUUCCUAGAAAGGAAAGAGUUGCCUGGCUUCAGCCAGUGGGCUCAGAACGGCUGACGCAUUUCCGGCCUUUGCGGUUGAUCGGUCAUUGGGGUGCUGCAGCCCCGCCACCUGUUCCGUAGCUUCCCGGUGCCCCGAAGGUGUCUUCUAAGGAAGAUUAAAUCAGAAAAUUUUAAAUCACAGUUAUCCUUUCACCUAAAGCCAGAGUAAGCCUUCUAAAUUAACCCCAGGAAUGGCUUCAACAGAGGAACAGUACGAUCUUAAGAUUGUGAAAGUGGAGGAAGAACCUAUCUGGGAUCAAGAAGCCCACCUUCAAGUGAACAACUUUUCUGGCCAAGAAGCCUCCCGACAACUUUUUAGGCAGUUUUGUUACCAAGAGACUCCUGGUCCCCGAGAAGCUCUGAGCCGGCUCCGAGAACUUUGUCGUCAGUGGCUAAAGCCAGAAAUCCACACCAAAGAGCAAAUCUUGGAGCUGCUGGUGCUGGAGCAGUUCCUGACUAUCCUGCCUGAGGAGCUCCAGGCCUGGGUGCGGGAGCAUCAUCCAGAGAGUGGGGAGGAGGCUGUGGCUGUAGUCGAAGAUCUGGAACAAGAGCUUAGUGAGCCAGGGAACCAGGCUCUAGACCAUGAACAUGGACAUUCUGAAGUGCUCUCGGAGGAGGUGGAACAUCUGAAGGUCAAGCAGGAACCAACAGACAUCCAGCUUCAGCCUAUGGUGACACAGCUCAAAUAUGAAUCUUUUCGCCUCCACCAAUUUCGAGAACAAGAUGGUGAAAGUAUACCUGAGAACCAGGAGUUGGUAUCAAAGCAAGAAAUCUUAAAAGAAAUGGAACAUUUGCGGGAUAGCAGACUCCAAAGAGACGUAUCUUUGGAUUCUAAGUACAGAGAAACUUGUAAACAAGACAGCAGGGCAGAAAAGCAGCAGGGACAUUCCACUGCAGAGAGACGCCACAGGUGCAAUGAAUGUGGGAAAAGCUUCACUAAGAGUUCAGUACUCAUUGAGCACCAGAGAAUCCACACUGGGGAGAAGCCAUAUGAAUGUGAAGAAUGUGGGAAGGCCUUCAGCCGGAGGUCAAGCCUGAAUGAACAUCGGCGGAGCCACACUGGAGAGAAACCCUAUCAGUGUAAGGAGUGUGGGAAAGCCUUCAGUGCCAGCAAUGGCCUCACUAGACACAGAAGAAUCCACACAGGGGAAAAACCAUAUGAAUGCAAAGUGUGUGGAAAGGCUUUCCUUCUCAGCUCAUGCCUUGUUCAGCAUCAGAGGAUACACACUGGAGAGAAGCGCUAUCAGUGUCGUGAGUGUGGCAAAGCCUUCAUUCAGAAUGCAGGGCUUUUCCAGCAUCUCCGAGUCCACACUGGUGAGAAACCCUAUCAGUGCAGUCAGUGCAGUAAACUCUUUAGUAAGCAGACCCUUCUUAAGAAACAUCAGAAAAUCCACACUGGAGAGAGAACAUGAGUGUGAUGAGUUUGGAAAAGCCUUCAGUCAUCAUUGCAACCUUAUUAGGCAUUUUAGAAUCUGUACUGUUCCAGCAGAACUAGACUAAUUCUGUGGACCCUCAGACCCCUAAAUGGGGCCAUCUUGGAAAGUAAGAUUUUCAAGUGGCUUAUUCUGUUCAUAUAAAACUUAUUUUGCAUUGCAGUGAACCACUUGUCUACAAACCAGGUGUUGGUGCCUCCUGUGUGGAUGACUGUGAUUGUAGGGGGUUGCUGGGUGGCCUUCUUAUUUCCUAUCCUUUGGUCCAUUUCUAAUGAUUUCCUUUAAAGGGACCAAAUCUUAUCUGGAAAUAAAUUGUUAUGGAGGGGCUGUUUUUGAGCAAUACUGAGCAUUGAAUAAUUCUAAAAGACCAGUAUCUAUGUAUACUUUUUUAAAAAAGAUUGGCUAAGAUCAAAGGAUAUUCAGAGGUGCAUCUUUUUCUGUAAGAGUGACGUUUUAAACAAACAUAAGGUUUUUGGGAAUAAGAAUUGUCCACAUUCCCACAGGAAAUCAUUGCUAUGGUCUCCCCUAGGAAUGUGAUAGAUAGCUUCUAUAAGCAGCAUUAUCCAUGGUAUAAAACCUGUAGUUUUAAUGGUUUAGAAAUCUAUGUCUCGGCCAGGUGAUUACAGGCGGUGGCUCACGCCUGUAAUCCCACCACUUUGGGAGGCCAAGGCCGGCGGAUCACGAGGUCAGGAGAUCGAGACCAUCCUGGCUAACAUGGUGAAACCACGUCUGUACUAAACACACACACACACACACACACACACACACACACACAAUUAGCCAGGCGUGGUGGCGGGUGCCUGUAAUCCCAGCUACUCCAGAGGCUGAGGCAGGAGAAUGGCGUGAACCCGGGAGGCGGAGCUUGCAGUGAACCAAGAUCGCGCCACUGCACUCCAGCGUGGGCAACAGAGCGAGACUCCAUCUCAAAAAAAAAUAGAAAUCUAUGUCUCAUUUCAUAUCUAACUCAUGUUUUUGAUAUGAAUCAUCCAUAUAUAUAUGUUGAUAUCAUGUUAAUGAGUUUGAUAUGAAUCAUCAACGUAGUACGUAGCAUAUACAUAUCAACAUAACUAUGUUGAUGAUUCAUAUCAAAUUCUCAAUGCUGGUCAUUACUGUAUUUAAGUUUUCCAUUUUUGUUACAAAUAAUAAGAUGAUACUUUAAAAUCUCUAUUCUUCACAAGGUACCUCUUUAAUUCAUAGCCUUUUAUGUCCGCAUUAUUCUUUUUUGGGGGUUGGUCAGCAACUUUGAGUGCCAUUGCAGGCAGCAUCAUUGAAGUAGUUUUAUAAAGAAAAGAAGUCUGAUAUCUUGGGCAGCUUGCUGCUUACUAGGGAGACCAGCAUGCUCAGACAUUUAUUGUUAGGGUUAAAUGUAUGCUCUGGCACCAAGUUCAAAUCCUUCCUCCCCAUUUGUGAGCUGUGGGACUUUAGGCAACUUAUCUAAAUGCUCCUAUGCUAUAGUCUCCCCAUCUGUAAAACAGAGGAUGACAUCAGUACCUUCCUCAUAGGGUACAUAAGAUUAAAUAAAUACAAACUUGUACUUAAAAUGUAGCUCUCAAUAAAUGUACAUUAUGAUUUACAUAAGAAAUAAUACCAUUUAACAAAUAUAGGUAGAAUUUUAAGUAUCAUGUUAAAAUUAGGAUAUGAAAUGCCUCUGCUGACAUUGUUACUCUUUUCUCCAUAGUCAAAACCUAAAUCAGAAUAUUUCAAAAGAGAGGAAAUAAAAGUUGAGCUUAAAACUGUUCUGCCCUAAA